UAUAUAUUGGAUAUUAAAUUGCCUAAAAUUCUUCGUUCACAUUUUCUAUUGAAUAAAUGUUCACAAUUCGAUUUCUUCAAGGUCAACUGGUCGAAAAUACAUCCUAAAGUACCUUUUUGCUCAUUGUUUCCUUCUUAAACUACCAUGUCAUCAACAUUGGAUCAUUUGAAAAAACAUACUAUUAUCGUAGCGGACACUGGAGAUUUUAAUUCUAUUAAAAAGUAUUUACCAAUUGAUUCAACAACAAAUCCAUCUCUAAUAUUAUCUGCAUGCAAAUUACCACAAUAUUCACACUUGUUAGAUUCUGCUAUUCAAUAUGCUAAGAAAGAAAAACAAACAUUGAAUGAACAAAUUGAAUUAGCAUUAGAAAGAAUAUUUGUAUUAUUCGGUUGUGAAAUAUUGAAAAUUGUACCAGGACGUGUAUCUACUGAAGUGGAUGCUCGUUAUUCAUUCAAUGUACAAAAACAAAUAGAAAUAGCAUGUCGUCUUAUUUCAAUGUAUGAAGAAUUAGGAUUUUCUAAAGAACGUAUACUUAUUAAAUUAAGUUCUACAUGGGAAGGUAUAAAAGCUGCAAAAAUAUUAGAAUCACAAUAUGGUAUUCAUUGUAAUUUAACAUUAAUGUUUUCAUUCUAUCAGGCUAUAGCUUGUGCUCAAGCUAAUGUAACAUUAAUUUCACCAUUUGUUGGACGUGUACUAGAUUGGUAUAUAACUAAAUAUGGCAAAAAAGAAUAUACUAGAAAUAAUGAUCCUGGUGUUAAUUUGGUUACUCGUAUUUAUAAUUACUAUAAAGUUCAUGGUUAUAAAACACAGAUAAUGGGUGCUUCAUUUAGAAAUGUUGAACAAAUUCUUGGUUUAGUUGGAUGUGAUUUGUUAACAAUAUCACCUAGUCUUUUAGAUGAAUUAAGUAAAAUGUCAGAAGUGCCCAGUUUAUGCUUGACUGUAGAAAAAGGUAAAUAAAUUUAUUGUUUUCUUAGUUAUGGAACGAAACCGUGUUCAACUUCUGUUUUCAUAACCAUAUAAUAUCUUUAAUUGUUUCAUUUGGAUGUUGUUCUUUUUCGAACUAAACUGAUAAGUAAGUCGUAUUAAUAAUUUAUACAAGUCACUUGGUUUGUGUGUAGGCUAUAAUGCUUCCCGGGUGCCCAAACCGAAGCAGGUAGUUUUCUUAGGGUACCACACUCAGAGCCUUUGACCUAAAAGUCUAAUCCACAAGGUAAUAGAGCAACAUAAGGAGAUGCAGUCCCAUCGUAGCCAAUGACCAACAAUAUGUUCAUACGCCAUUUGUUAACUUAGGAUCCUGGAGCCCAUGUGCACCAUUGAUUUGGAAUGAGGGUUUUCCGACUCCCGUACGUGGAUCAUCUAUGUCCAACAACCCGGUUAAACCAUUGGAUAUUCGCUUUUCGUCCUCUGAAUUUCGUAAACACCAGCCUUGCCGUGAAAAGGCAUUGAGUAGGCAUUCAAUUGAAGUGGUUGUGUAUACGUGACCAUGUAUGAGCAUUUUGAGAGGGAGAGCUGACUCUUCCCACUCUCGGUCGUAACAUGGCAUUUAUGGGCUUAAUAAAUAACUACACACUGAUGGAAUUUUUUUAUGCAUUAUUUCUGUAUUAUUCACUUACGUGAAUUGAUUAAUUAUGAUUCUUCUUUUCUUUUUAUUGUGACCACCACCACCAACAACAAACCACACACACGCACACCCAGCCCAAACAUCUUAUGAUCAUUCUUAUCAAUCAGAUGAAUUAUUAACAGAAGAAGAAUUUCGUUGGCAAAUGAAUGAAGAUGAAAUGGCUAAUGAUAAAUUAACUGAUGGUAUAAGACGUUUUACUAAUGAUGCAUUAAUAUUAAAAGAUUUAAUUAAAACACGUAUAGAACAAUAAUAAUAAUCAUAGAGAUAAUAAUCUAAUAAUAGAUCAUAGAUGAAUUAAAUGGAAUUCUAAUGUUUUCUGUACGUGCUCAUUUUCAAUCCGGCUUACUUAACAUUCAUUCAAAUGAGAAAUAAUUUAUGUCUUUUUAAUUCAAUAUACAUUAAUCAGCAUGAUUUACGCAUAUUAGUAUAAAGUAUUUUAAUUAAAAUUCAUAAAUUUUCAAUGAUCACAUCCUUAUUUAUUAUGUAAGACUUUUAUGAAAUGGACCUUAGUUUUAGUUAUUUCAAUAGUUGAUAUUAUGAAUCAAUUGAAAUGAGACUACCAUGGAAAACCUGGAAACACUGGAUGUCCGUCCUCAGUAGCAAUACGCAUCCACUAUCCCGCUACGUGAGAUUCGAACCCAGAACCUAUCAGUCUCGCGUGCUAGCGCUUAACCACUAAGCUGACAUCCAAAUGUGUUGAUGUCUGACUUAAACUAAUCCACGAAAUUGAGCGACACAUUUAUUUAUUUGAACACAUAAGUAUUGGUACAAGGGGAACCAAACACAUUUGCGCCGCACGAGUCACUUGAUUUGUGUAUGUGGUGUGAUACUAGCCGGGUGCCCAACCGAAUCAGGUGAUUUUCUUAAUCGCCCACACUCGCAGCAUUCGACCUAAAGGUCUAAUCCACAAGGCAGUGGAGCAAUGCUAGGAGAUGCAGUGAUAUGGUAGUCGGUGACCAACAAUUGGUUCGUACGCCAUUUGUUCCCUCAGGACAUUGGAGCCCAUAUGCACUAUUUGUUUGGAAUGAGUUCUUUCCAACUCCUCUAGGUUGAUCCUCCAUAUCCACCAACCCUGUUAAAGCUUCGUACAUUCACUUUCCGUCCUCUUAAUUCCGUAGACAUCCGCCCCACUGCGAGAAAGCAGUGAGUAGAACUUCUCUGGCAGUGGUUUUAUGCACGUGGCCAUCUGAGAGCAUUUCAAGAAUGAGGAAACUGACUCUCCCUACCCUCGGUCGUAUCAGGACUUUUGCGGGCACAUAGAAAAAACCCGUUCUCGUCUUUUUACUGUAUAGUUAAACUUGUACCAUGGUCCUGAUAACCCUUAAUCCGGAGCUGAAACUACUGAACUGAUAGAAAAGUGUGAGGGAUUUUUUCCGUGUUGCGGCUGGUAAUGAUACUAGGCGAAAUACUUUGAAAUUACCGAAUUGCACGACAUACGCGCGAUUUAAAAAUUCAAAAUGGUGAUUAUAAAAGAUUAUCCUACUGGUUGAGUUUUUUGGAGUAAUUCAGUAAUCAGUCAGUCAGUAACAACGUGGAACUUCGUACGUACGUACAUCAAUUCGAGUUGCCAUAACACAUUAGCACAGAGAUGCAGUUGUUGAUUCAAAUCCCAUAGUGAUAGAGGUAGUAAAAGUACAAGCAGUAAUCGGAAAGAUUAGAGUUUGGAGAUGUUAUUUAAAGAGUAUAGUCCAGUGAAAUAAAUUUGGAAAGAGGAAAAAAGAUAAGAAGGAAUCAGGAGAUUAGAAUUUGGAAGAACACAAAGAUUGGAUGCACCUGCGCCCAGCAUUGCAAACGAUUUUGGGCUAUGUCAUUCAGGGUCUCUAACCAUCGGUUGCCAUCAACUCGCGGUCUCCAACCAGGUAGUCUACCAACAUGACUCAGUCCAUUUGUCAGUGACUUCAUGGACUUGAAUUCAGUAAUAAUCCUCCUUAUUAACCCUUGCGCCAAGGUAUCAAGUUAAUGUUUAUUACAUAACCAAUUUAUGGGGUAUAUACUAUUAGUGCUUAUUAGAAAGACAAUAAACCAUCCAAUUCAGUAAGCGAAAUACCUUCAAAAUAAUUUAACUAUUUACAUACAAUUACUAUGACCCUUAUCCAUUAUUGUGAAAAUAAAUUACGCUUUGUCCUACUUACACAAUAUUAUAACAUACAUUACAAUAUUACAUGUAAUAUAUCAAUAAAGUAUGGUGCUUUAAUUGACAACUUACGACGGAUAACCAAUGGUUAAAAUUAAAAAAAGUCGAACAUUGAAAUGAUGAGACUACCGUUGAUCAACGAUCUUUACCAAGUCUAAUUGAGAGUCAUAAACCUGUGUGAGAGAUUAGAAUAUUUUGAACAUUCUAUUUUAGCGGCAUCUAUAGAGCUUCAUAGGAUUGGAUGUAGGAUAAGAAAAGCUGAAGCUACAGACUGUUAAUUUAUAUCCAAUUAUGUCAAAGGACUAAAACAUUACCAAGUUACUGUAAAUGUGAUGUUUAGAAAUUUGAAGAGAGAUGACUUUCGAAAAGAUCGAGUUAUUGUCUGUUGAUAUUCUGAACCAUAUAUGCAAUUGACUUCCGAGGGAUGGAAACAUCUUGAUAAAUUUUUCAUUUUGAUAUUACAUGAUCGGUGAUAGUCUGUAGAAGAACCUUAACUUAUGUUUAUACUAAUUAUUAUGCAUAAACAAGGCAUACUUAGUGUCAUGAAAAGACCAAUGUCCACUUAGUGAAUCCAAACAAAAUGUAUCUCAAUUCAGGCUUUAGUAGAAUUUCAUUAACAUCUAGUCAAUUAACCUUAAUGGGUACUUGAUCAAUAGGAUUAAGUUCACAGCUUUGGGCUAUUUUGUUCAAUGAUCGAUUAGUUAAGUCAUCAUGAAAUGAUUUUCAAUCAUUUGGUUUAUUUACUUAAUGACGUUACAGUGAGACUAUAAUCGAUGGACGACCAUUGAGUGACACUAAACUGACCUUGAGAGUGUCCACCUAAUAACUGGUACUAAAUUAGGGUUAUAAACUAAUGUGAGGAAUUAUAAUUUUUAAAUGAUGAUUAUGAUUAGAAAUUAGAUUUAGGGAGUUUUCAUCAGAUAUAAUGCCAAAACCCUAUUUAUCCGAAUAGAUGAAUGAAAUUCGCGCCAAAAUCCUUGAUCUUUUAUCUUAUACAUCAUUGGCUCGUUUUGUAAAUUAUAGUCUCGCCAUUGGAUAUAUGCAUAUAAUGGGUCAUUCCAUUGAAAAUAUUUUUGACAUUAAAAUAUCAUGAGAAUUUCUUUUUUCUAAGAUGAACAACUGUCAUAGGUAGUCAUUUAAAAAGGUGAUCGUUUUGAUAUAGUUAAUAACUUUAUGUCGUGAGUGUUUUGGAAUUUUUGCCCAGUAAAAAAAAAAGAAGUACAUGACAUAACAAUGUACGAUAUUGACUUUAGUUAUAGAUAUAAAUAUAACCAUUAUUAAGUCUUGCUUAUUUGGACGCUAUAUUCGUUCCUAAGCUAUUCUGAUACCCGCACUCUAGAACUAUACAGCGACCUGAACACCAGAAAGAAGACGCAAAAUAUGAAACACUUUACUCAAGGGUUCGUUUUUGUACAGGAAACGUGGGUAUUUAUAGAUGUUAACGUUUGUUAAAUCAACAUCAUAUUUCGGCCAAUCCGUUAACGACAUAUUAUGCUACUGACAAAUAGUAGCAAGUCACUUUGGAAUUCUAGAAUGCUACAUCAUGCUCUGAUUGGCUAGGACUCUUCGGCUUCUUUUGGGCCUCUAGAGGCUCCGUUGAAGUUCUCCGAAAGCCGGCUCAACAACCAUUUUGAUGUUUACUAAAAAGCAUUAAAUCGACUGAAGAUAUUCCAUCAUGUUGACUCAAUACUAAUGUAUAUUUUCAGUUUAAGGCUGUAGAGAUUAUUGAAUUGUUAUAACAAUGAACCAAUCAAUGUUAGAACAUCAUUAAACAUGAAAGUACUGGAUUUCUUGAAGUUAGUCACUAACGCCGUUGGGUUAAGUCAGUGAUCAAGCCAAAAAAUGUGGAUGACAUAUUCGUCAUCACUAAAAAGGACUAUCUGGAAAACAUUUACACUUUGAUAAUAUUGACAAUUGAAUAAAAGUCAAACAACAAGUUAUUAAUUUUGAAUGUAUUGAUCUAUGGAACUGCUACAGGGAAAGUGGAAACUCAAGUAUAUUGGAAGUCAAUCGAUAAAAGUCAAAUUCUCAAUUACAUUAGCUGUAACGCAAUAAGUCACAAAACGAAAUGCUUACAAGUUUUAUUCAAGAGGGUGAUAACACACUACAGAACACUUGCAAUGCGUGAAGUUGAAAAAUAUCUAAUGAAUUUCCUUCGAAAGAAAAAUUACAAUGAGAUUAUUGAAGCCGUUUGGAUUAAGUGUAGCACACAAACUAGCAAAAUCACUCUGAUAAAUCCUAUGCAAACCUGUAGUGUCUGCUACUAUGUCAGUUGAAAGCUUAUCUGCUCGUUUGUUCUCUUCCAGAGAAGGCUAUUGCUGAUGGUAUCCGGUCAAUGGAUGUUGAGUAUCUUGCGUAGACAACCAUUUAUAAAUACUUGUGUCUUCUUGAUGGUGGUUGUUGUAGUUCUCCAAGUUUCAUCUCCGUACGGUAGAACUGCCUUGAAGUUCGUAUUGAUGAUUCUGACUUUGAUCUUGGUUGAAAGUUGUUUUGAGUUCCAUAUGUUCUUCAAUUCUAGGAAUGCUUUACCAAUGCUCGCCUUUAUUUCUGCUUACCAGGUAUGUGAAGAAUUCAACAUGGUAAAAAAAGAAAAAGUACAAUGAAAAUAUCGGCUCCUCGUAAACUGCAUCGUUGUUUUCCAGCCGUCCUGG